AUGGGUGACGCUGACGACGCGCAGUUCAACGGGGUGGAGCGUGUGUUUGGUGAGAGUGCUGAGGUAAAAUACCUCAUGUGCUUUUAUCAUGUCGUUGCGCAAGUAUUUGAGAAGUAUUUGAGAAGACACGUGCUCUGCAGCCUUCUCACGCUAAGCUGGUGA